AUGCCGCAGCCCAGUCAGGGCCGAGUCGCUCGCUCCAGGGGCGGUUGCGUAACGUGCAGGUCAAAACAUGCAAAAUGUGACGAAGCAAAACCGACUUGUAAGUCAUGCGCUGCACGUGGCCAGAAAUGCGGUGGAUACCGCUUGGAUGUUCGAUGGUCUACCAAGCAUGAGAAGCGCACUCGACAGCCUCAAUCGCGACCCCGUCAGUCGCGAACAGAGGAUUUACCUUCGGCACGGUCCACGGAAGCUCAAUCAGACACACAUUCCCAGGUCUCAUAUAGAUCAGAGAAUGUGCCUGUGGCUGGCAGAGACUCCAUAAACUCGGCAGCAGCGAGUAUUCCUAAUGAUUUUGACCCAGCCGCAAACGCGUCGGUCUUUCAUCUCAACGGCAUUGUGUCACCCUUGUUCCCGAUGUCUGCAGACGGCGAUUUAUUCUCACAUCCGCUGGAACAUGAAAACGAGGAAACAAGUCAUACUUUUAGUGGCACCGACAACGAAAACCACCACGCUUACUCUCUAUCAAACAUGACGUCCUCCGUAUCGCCCUUGCAGUGGGGAGACGAUUUCUUAGGCUCUGUUCAUAGCGAUAACGACCUAGUUUCGGCUCCAGAAACCCUCUCUAUUCCAGUUGGCAGUAUGGCCUUUGACUUCAACAUGCCCUUACCGACAGUCGACCCUGGUAGGCUGACCUUCGAAAUGACACCAAAUGCAGUCACCUAUACACCAUCUGUCCUCAUCGAAUACUGGUUUCGCCAUGUCUGUUCUCUCUGGUCCAAUUACGAUUCCGAUGUCAACCUUAACCGCACAAUUGCUGCCGCAUUAUGGUCCAACUGUGAGCUCGUUUAUCUCAGUCUCCAGGCUAUGUCGGCCGCCCACUUGUCCGCUAAAGUGCCAAUGAUGCGACAAACAUCGAUAACGAACAUGAAGGCAGCGGCCGAGAUUAUGAGAGCUGACUUACAUACCGUUAAGUCCCACCAACUCUUCAAUACAGUACCUGCAAGUCUGUUGUUCUCUUUGAUGGGAAUUGGGACCAGCAUCUGCUGGCUCAAUGCCACUCAGCUGGGACUGCCAUUUCUCUGCGAAGCAAAAGCCAUCCUUCAUGCUGUUAACAAAAACAAGCACGCAUUAUCUGAAGAACAACGCCAAUUGCUAUGCUUCUUCAAUAAGAGUUGGCUCUACUGCGAAAUGCUAUUGUCGAUGGUGACAUCGAGCUGUAAAAGCCUACAGAAGAUGGAAGAAUUGGGUGACGUCGAGGAAGCUGUUCCUGUCACUGCGCCUGUGACGGCAGACCCAGUCGAACAGGUUCCGCACCCGUGGACAGGAGUCUCAAGCGACAGCUAUAAACUGUUCAUGCGGGCAAUGAAACUUUGUCACAAAUUUAGACGCAAGAUUAGGAAACCACAAGAUAUGUUUGCAUCAGCCAACAUCAGCGCCGCCAUGCAGCUCAUUGAAGAAGCUGCCGUGGUGGAGAAGCAAACUUGCGAUCUUGACGUGGAAUUUCGCGAGACAAUUGGAGAGACAAAUGACAAGAAGACGCCUAACCAGCACCUCUUCAACGUUGCCGAAGCCUACCGCCAAUCAACCCUGUUACAAUUGUACCAGACCUUUCCAGAACUCAUCGUAAGACGACACGAGCUGGACGAGUCACAGGCGAAAGAUGCCCCAGCUUUAUGGGAUAACUGGAUCACCCCAAUUGCACUUAAUCUGGUGAGCAUACUAAAACUGUUACCCACGGAUUCGGGUAGUAAAAUGACCCAGCCACUGCUCUGUGUCUCAGCCAGCACUGGACUAAGGCGAAAACACAUUGAAGUCAAGGCCGCUACUCCAAAAGACAUUCCCUUUAGCCAAGAUGCCAGUCUGGAGGAUUGCGACAUGAUAAAUUAUCUUGACUUCGCUGGCCUUCACGAUGAGCUGCCAGAUGAGUCCGAACCAGAGCCGGAUCCAGAUGCAAAUGCGGGAAUCAUGGCUGCCAGGCAAUUUCUUCACAAUCGUCUGGACACGCUGAAGACCGUCCUACCACCAAAGCCAGUGGUAGUAGCGCAAGAUUUGACCAAAGCUAUCUGGCAAGCAUAUGACAUGGAGCAGUGCGCGAAGUAUGCGACGCACUGGAUAGAUGUGAUGGAUAGUCGGAAUUUGAAGUCGAACUGGGGAUAG